GACCUUUAUUUGCUAAAUUGAUCAGUAUACGUCCCGAUCCCAAUCACACAGGACACGUACAAUGUCGCUCCUAUUGUACAUCGUCACGUGUUUCACAUUGACGUUUGCACCAAAUGAAGCCGCAAGAAUUCUCGGAGUGUUCCCAGUACCAUCGAUCAGUCACCAAGUGGUGUUCCGUAGUAUAACCCAAGAACUAGCUCGGAGAGGGCAUGAGCUGGUCAUCAUCACACCAGACCCAGCCUUCCCUAAAGGCAAAACCCCAGCGAAUCUCACAGAAAUCAACGUCCAUGAUGUAGCAUACAAAAUGUGGAGAGACGACAUUCAAGACAUAGCGAUAGGAGAGAUCCAUGGAAUUUUACACGAAUACGCCAUUAUAAUGAAAUUGAUGGCCAAAGUUGUCGAUGUGGAAUUGAAAACAGAAGAAGUACAAAAACUACUGAACGAUAAAAGCCAAAAAUUCGAUUUGGUGUUAGCAGAAGCUUGUGUUAGAUCAGCUGUGGUGUUCUCUCAUAUUUAUAAGGCGCCAGUGAUUUUGAUCAGUUCGUUCGGUCCGUUUCUUGACAAUUACAAUGUGAUGGGUGCUGCAACCCACCCAAUGUUGUACGCAAAUAAUAUGAGUCGAAGAUUUAACAACCUUACAAUGUGGGAUAAGAUUGUGAAGUUGUACUACCGUUUUAAUAUCGAAGUGAUGUUAAACAACAACUAUGAGUAUGAAAACAAUAUGCUGAGGUCACAUUUCGGCCCUGAUCUGCCUCCAAUUGAAGAAAUGUAUAACAACGUUGCAAUGUUCUUUCUGAAUCUUCAUCCCAUUUUUGAAGGCAACUAUCCCGUGCCUCCGUCUGUGGUGCACAUUGGUGGUAUCCAUCAGGUUCCUGAAAAGGAAUUGCCAAAGGACCUCCAAAAUUACUUGGACUCAUCCAAAAAUGGUGUAAUCUACGUGAGCUUCGGCACAAACGUAGAACCAUCGACUUUACCGGCUGAGAAGUUGAAGGUUUUGGUAGAUGUUCUGUCCAGAGUACCUUAUGAUGUGCUGAUGAAAUGGAAUAAGGAUGUCCUUCCUGGGAUUGGAUCCAACAUCAAAUUGUCUAAGUGGCUGCCUCAGACUGAUGUGUUGAGACAUCCCAAAGUAAAGCUGUUCAUAACACAAGGAGGUCUACAAUCAACAGACGAGGCUAUAGCAGCCAAGGUACCUCUGAUUGGUCUACCAAUGUGGGGAGACCAAUGGUACAAUGUAGAAAGAUACGAACGACUCAAGAUUGGACUCAAUCUAGACAUCAAGACGCUCACUGAAGAAGUAUUCGAGAAUGCCAUCAAUAAUGUUAUUGAAGAUGAAAGCUAUCGCCGCAACAUUAAAAGACUGAACUCCUUAAUUCGAGACCAGCCUCAGCCUCCGCUAGAGCGUGCAAUAUGGUGGACGGAGCACGUGCUGCGUCACGGCGGCGCGAGACAUCUGCGUGGACCUGCAGCCAACAUGUCGUGGGCAGAGUACCUCGAACUAGAACUAGUACUAGUCAUAGCUUUAGUCUUAUUAUUAACUUUAACCGUAUCUAUACUAGCUUUCUAUUACUUUUAUAAUAAUGUUUUAAGACAUUACUUAAUUGCUGGUAAGGUUAAAAGGAGUUGAUUUUUGUUGGGUUUUAAUAAUUUUUAGCAUCGGUUUUUUUGCCUGUCUUUCUCCAUACUCCUAGAUUAUAGUACAGUCAACUAAAUCAUUUGGUAAGCGGGUAUGAAAAUAAGAAUUUAUUUAGUACAGACUUUUUAAGGGAGGAUAAUCAUCCAAUGACUUAUCCAUCUGUGAUUUGUAUCCAGUGUUAAUAUAAUUUAGCUACAAAACGUGAUGUUGUUAUGUUUUUGUUAUUUUUUUUUAACUAUAAGUAUAAAUUGAUUUCAUUCAAACCAAAGUUUAAUAUUAUGUGAUGAUAGAUUUUAAUUGUUAAAUAAAAUGAUUUUGUUACUA